AUGCCGCCGCCCACGUCGAAUCUCAUGGCCGGCGUGCCCGAGCACGUCCUGAAGCUGCUCGACCGGCUCCACGCCGCCUCGUCGGCGCAAGAGUCGACCAUCAGCAGGGACGACUACGAGGGCGGAGACGCCAAGCGGUUCAUGAGCGACAAGUUCAUCGCCCUCGAGCGGGACAAGGCUCAGUGCGUCUACGCGCUCGCCCGCGCCGUCGGCGCCCGAACCAUCGUCGAGGCGGGCACGUCGUACGGCGUCAGCACCAUCUAUCUCGCCCUCGCCGUGGCGGCAAACGUCGAGGCCGCCGGCGGGAGCCGACCGGGGCGCGUCGUCGCGACGGAGCAUGAGCCGGCCAAGGCCGCGCGCGCCCAGGAGCACUGGCGCGAGUGCGGCGACUCCGUGGCCGGCGUCAUCCAGCUUCGCGAGGGAGACUUGUUGGAGACGCUGAAGGAGGACCUCGACCAUGUCGACCUCUUACUUCUCGACAUAUGGACUCCCAUGGCUCUGCCGACGCUUCGGAUCGUCCAGCCGAAGCUGCGACCGGGUGCCGUCGUCAUCACGGACAACACGGUCGGAUCGGCGUCUGGCUACGAGGACCUGCUGCGGUACCUUCGCAGCCCGGGCAGCAGCUUCAUCAACAUUACGCUGCCGUACAAGAACGGCUUAGAAAUGAGCAUUUUCCUGCCGCAUUAA